AUGGCCCUUCCCUCGCAGGUUUCUGACACUGUGGUCGAGCCCUACAACGCCACCCUCUCGGUCCACCAGCUGGUUGAGAACACGGACGAAACCUACUGCAUCGACAACGAGGCUCUCUACGACAUCUGCUUCCGCACCCUGAAACUCGCCAACCCGACCUACGGUGACCUGAACCACCUGGUGUCGCUCACGAUGUCCGGCGUGACCACCUGCCUCCGAUUCCCCGGCCAGCUGAAUGCCGACCUCAGGAAGCUGGCUGUCAACAUGGUGCCGUUCCCCCGACUCCACUUCUUCAUGCCCGGCUUCGCUCCGCUCACCGCCCGCAACGCCGUCGGAUACCGCACCCUCAACGUCCCCGAGCUCACGCAGCAGAUGUUCGACGCCAAGAACAUGAUGGCGGCGUGCGACCCGCGCCACGGCCGCUACCUGACCGUGGCCGCCGUGUUCCGAGGCAAGAUGUCCAUGAAGGAAGUCGACGAACAGAUGCUCAACAUCCAGAACAAGAACACGCCCUACUUCGUCGAAUGGAUCCCCAACAACGUGAAGACGGCCGUGUGCGACAUCCCCCCGCGAGGCCUCAAGAUGGCCGCCACCUUCAUCGGCAACUCGACCGCCAUCCAGGAGAUCUUCAAGCGCAUCUCGGAGCAGUUCACGGCUAUGUUCAGGCGCAAGGCUUUCCUCCACUGGUACACGGGCGAAGGCAUGGACGAGAUGGAGUUCACGGAGGCCGAGUCCAACAUGAACGACUUGGUGUCCGAGUACCAGCAGUACCAGGAGGCCACCGUGGAGGACGAGGAGGACUUCGAGGAGGAGGACGCCCAGGUGGAGACCGACUAAAUUUUCGGCGGAGACCCAAGGAAAACGGAAUUAAGAAAAAGAAAACGCACGUGAUUAUUGUUCCUGUCGAAUCCGAUCCAAUCAUGAAUAUAUAUCAGCAAAAAACAUAUCCCCAGGAAGGCCCACGACGGCGUGACCUUCUGCUUCUCUUCCUCAAAGACACCAGAGCGCCGCGGGGUCCGACCUGGCCUGGCUAAGGGUCGUCCUGUAGCCUCGUCCCUCCUUCGGGCUCUUGCACUCUGACUUCUGUUCCGGCCUUCGUCUGUUCCUCGUUCUCGUCUGCACCUCUCUCUCUCUCUCUUUCUCUUUCUCUCUCUCUCUCUCUCUCUCUCUCUCUCUCUCUCUCUCUCUCUCUCUCUCUCUCUCUCUCUCUCUCUCUCUCUCUCUCUCUCUCUCUCUUCUCUCUUCUUCUUCUUCUUCUUCUUCUUCAAUUUCUUUUUCUUUUCCUUCUUUUUCUUCUUCCCCCUCUUCCUCCCUCCUUCCGCGCUUCCCUCCCUGCCUUCCUUCCCUCCCUCUUUCUCCUUCCCUUCAUCCUCUUUUCGCCUUUAUUUCUCUUUCUUUCACCCUUCUACCCGCCUUCUUUAUUUCCGUCUUGAUCUUGGCUUCUUUCACACUAUCAAAUAUUUUUUUUGCUGCGUCAAUGCCUCCCAAUAUCCACUGCAUUCUAUAUUUCUUUUCUUUUGUUGGGUUUAAGCGUUGAUGUGCUUGGAGAUUCUAAAAAGAGAGAAAAAAAAAGUAAAUUUAAUCAAAUACCAAAACAAUACAAGAUUCUAAUAAAUUAUUCAAACGUUAACUGGUGCUAUUUACAAACAAAAAAAAACACACUAUGAAAAUAUAAUAUAAAAUCAAUAUAAAAAAACAAAUAUUUAUCAGAUGCCAAUGAACCUUUAUGUCCAAACGCUUUAAUGUUAUCUUAUAGCUAAUAUUGGUUCUAAUUAUCUUUGCAAUUGCAAGAAAACGCGCAAUGCAAGAUGCCUUUCGUCCCGUCCAACCUGUCAAGUUCCCCUCAAGAGCGUCCGAUGCCAUUUGUUAGGCGUUUUUGUGUCAGAUUGCUUUCAUACUAAUUGGUCCCAGGGUACCAUGUCCCGACAGUGCCAUACAAUUGGAGACUUUUGAUCCUACACAUUAAAUUAUAUAUAUAAAAA